AUGUCCGCUGCCAUCAAGGCGAACGGCGGCGCCGGCGGCGGUGCACCGGCAGUCGAGGCCGCGGUGUGGGGGGCGGCGGAGGACUAUGGCAGGUGGCGGUUGGCGGUGCUCGCACUGAGCGCGGUGGCCAAGGCUGUAGGCCUAGGUGCUGACGCGGACACCCAGCUCCCAGCCCUCUACCUGGCGGCCAGCCCCGCCUCAGAGGAACGCGCCCCCGGCACAGGCCCUGCAGUGGAUGCGCUGCUGCGGCGCAUGCUAGGCGUGCCCUCCGUCCACUCGGCGGGCGGCGGCGGCGGCGUGUGGGGACUAGGAAGGGAGGAGGCGGUGGAUCUGAUCCGGAGGUUGAUGAGGCUGGUGGAGCAGGCGGCUGCGCGGCCGCGGGCUGAGCAGGACCAAGGUAAAGAGGAGGAGGAGGAGGAGCAGGAGGAGGAGGGAAAUGAUACAAAAGGGAAAGAGCAGCAGCAGCAGCAGCAGCAGCAGCAGCAGCAGCAGCAGCAGCAGGAGGUUGAGGAGGAGGACAAAGAAGCGGGGGAGGACGGGGACGAGGGGGAAGGUGACGAGCAGCUUCCGGCCUUCCGACGGCGGGUCACCCGCGCGGCGCCCGCGGCGCAGGCGCGCAAGCCGCGCCGAGGGAGGCUCGAAGGCAAGCAGCAGCGCGAGUCAGAGCCUCAGCAGGAGGGGCGGCCGCCGCGGGCGCGGCGCGGGGCGGCGGCUGCCAGUGGGCGGGAGAAGGCGGAGGAGGGGGCGAGGGGACGCCCGAUUGUGUUUGACUGCUCGAUGAGUGAUGUGGGCAGCGGCAGCAGCAGCGACAGCAGCAGCAGCAGUGACAGCAGCGAGAGCAGCAGCUCGGAUGACAGCAGCAGCGACAGCAGCGAUAAGGAGGAGGGCGGCGGCGCGGGCAGCAGCAGCGGCGGCGAGGACGACGGCGGGAGCGAGGAGCAGGUGCGUGGACGCGGGGCGCCGGCGCUGCAAAAGCGUGGCGCGGCCGUGGCAGCAGGCACGGUACGCAGCGGUGCCCGGAAGCCGGUUGGCCGCGCCGCGGCGGCCGCGAGGCCCGCGCUGGCCCCAGGCGGCGGCGGCGGCGGCGCCUCCAAUGCUGACGAGAACGCGCAGCCGUUUGAGUGGCUGCUCGCCAGCUGCCCGCGGCUGCUCGUGCUGGUGCGUGCCCUGCGCCGCCUGCUGGCCGUCGCGGAGCGGUCCGACGCCACCGGGCGUAUCGAGGGCGGCGCCGCAGCAUUGGAUGAUGAAGACAGUAGCGGCGACGAGGGCGGGAGCGGUGGCGGCGGAUGGGGCAGCGGGCACGAGCAGGGGUCGGACUCGGAGGAUGGCCCUGCGCCGCCGGCACGCCGCGGCGGCCGGCUGCGGCGCGCGUCAGGGGCGCCCGCAGCCAAGAUGGGCGCGGGCGGGUUUCCGAGGAUCUACGGAGUGCCCAACACUCCCUUGGCGCAGCUGUUUGCGCGCGCUCAUCUGGGCUCGUCGAAGCCUACGCCCGCCCCAGCAGCUGCCGCCGAGGACGGCGGACUGGCGUCCCCACGCAGCGCACGCGGGCGCGGCGCCGCACCCGUGCCGUUUGGCGGGGAGGAUGGGGAGGCC